GCGUCACACCACCGCCCCUGUCCGGCUGUCCCAGGCCCCCGGCGCCGGCAUCGGCAUAUAUACCCACUCCCACGCGAGGCGAUGGCGAGUGGCAGCUUAAGCUCGGCACGCGCUCUUGUCGCAGGGGCUAGCUUAGCUGAAAGUGCGAGCACCACCAGGGCGGGGCAUGGCGAUGGCGCCGGCAACGCGAGCUCCUGCUCCUGGCGGCGCAGCCGCUACCCGCUUGGCCUAUCAGAGCGGCUUCUCGGCGCCGUCUGCCGCCCGGCCGCCACGCCGCGCCGCCGGGGGGAACAGGGUCGCGCUCCUCGGCGUCGCGGCGAGGAGCGGGCGGCGGGACGGGUGGCCGGGCGCCGACUCGAGUGGGGGCGGCGGCCGGCUGGUGGACGCGGACAUGGCGACGCUGCGGCGGCGCAUCCGCGAGGCGCGGGCGGAGGACGGCAUUGACGCCGACGACGAGUCCGGCGGCGGCGGCCUCCCGCUCCCGGCAGAGUGGACGGAGCUGGAGCGGCGGCACCACGGGAGCUACGUGGCGGGCGUGCGCGGCGCGGUCGGCCUCCUCGAGGCGCUCCUCGUGAGCGCCAGGCCGGGGCUCGGGGCCGGCGCGCUGGCGGUGCUGCUGCUCGGCGUGCCGGCGACACUGUUCCUCGUGUGCGCGCAGCUGAUCAGACACUGAUCCCGUCUCGUCCGGAUUACUGACCGGUCGAUGCACGGGAACUGCGUUGGUGUAUGGACAGAUGCAGCUCUAGGUGAGCCUAGCACGGUAGGGGACAUUUCGGCCCAGAGAUCCAUAAGAUCUCUGAAGUCUGAAUUGAUUGCAUAUUUGCAUGCAUAAACCUCUGUACUAUAUACAUAGCGGGCAUUGUUCUCCUGUUAAUACACACACAAAUUCUUCUUC